AGUUGGAAUCAGCCAGUCUGUCGCCGAUUUAGUCGAGUCGCAAACUUUUCGCAGAGCGGUCUACGGAGCAGAAUGUCCAGAGGCAGUGCUAUCAACUUGACGGACUUAUCCGGGGAGCAGGUGAGCGAGUGGCUCCAAAGUUUCGACACGAUUCUCUGCGAUGGCGACGGCACCAUUUGGCAGGAUGACACGGCCAUUGAGGGUGCUCCGGAUGUGCUGAAUGCCCUGCAGCAUCGCUGGGGCAAAAAAGUCUACCUGAUAACCAACAAUGGACUAAAGACGCGCCAGGAGCUCUUUGAGCGCUCCCAGCGCCUCGGAUUCGAUUUACCCAGCGUCCGACACAUCAUAUCGCCCACGGCGGCCAUUGCCGACUAUCUGGUUGAGAGUCCGGAGUUCGAUAAGACCCGUCACAAGGUCUAUGUGGUGGGCAAUGCGGCCAUCGAACGGGAAUUAAGGCAGCACGGAAUCGACAGCUAUGGAGCCGGGGGAACGGAGGAACUGGCUCUGGGCGACAAAUGGCCGGACUUUGUGGCUCGCGAGUUUGGAAACCCUAAGGCGGCCAAGGAUGUUGGUGCCGUGGUGGUUGGCUGGGAUGAGUACUUUAGCUAUUGCAAGAUGGCCCGUGCCUGUCACAUUCUAUGCAGCAAUCCCGAGUCUGCUUUCCUUGUGACCAACCGGGAUGCCGUGCACAAGUAUCCUGCGUUCUGUAUCCCCGGCACUGGGGCCUUUGUGGCCGGAAUUGAGGCGUGUUCCGAGCGUGAAGCCCUCGAGAUGGGCAAGCCAAAUCCAUUGGUCCUUGAGCCCCUCAUCAAGUCCGGGGAGUUGCAAACAGAACGAACGCUUAUGAUUGGUGACUGCCUCAAAAUAGAUGUCGGCUUUGCCAGUAAUUGUGGCAUGUUAUCGCUUCUGGUGGGCACUGGUCGUUACAAUAAUCUCUCUGAUGUCCAGCGGGAAAAAGGCCGGCUGCCCCAGCCAGAUCUUUAUCUCCCUCGACUGGCCGAUCUGCUCACCUAUUUGUGAGCCAUAAAUCCAACACGAUUCCCAUGCAGCUAUCAACUAGUUAUCAACUUCUUAAUUAGACUUUUAUUUGGCUUUAGUUCGUGUGUUUACACAUAGUUGUACAUAUUUUAUCUGCCGGCAAGUAACACUCUCUGCUGGAUAUUUUCGUUAUAUAUUAAAGUGGGUGAAAAACUGCUGGGCCGGAAAGUUAUUCACGAACAAAAUUAUUAUAAACUAUACAUAUCAUAUACAAAUUCCGUGCGAACUGCAUGAAAACAAACACAUAAAAGUAGUUAAAUUUUGAAAAAAGACAAUUGAAAUAAUAAUAAAAAAAACCGAUUAAUAAUUCACUAACCAUAUUUAUAUAUAUUUUGGUGAAGACUGCCGGUUGGUUUUUCCUAUAUAUGUUCUUAGAUAAAUUUCAGGCCUAGUAAUUUUUCUUUGAAUUAACAAUAUAGGCUGAGUGACUUAUUGAAAUACUUGCUUAUCCUCUAUUACUUGCCGGGACAGAAAAGCGGAGACGGCAAUUUCCUAACAUUUUUCCCUAUUUUUUGUGAUCCCAUAUAAAAGUAGUAAUUUGCAGUGAACUAAACAAAUUCCUCAACUAAGUGCAAAUUCCUUGUGCUGUGACCUUCAAAUCAACAUUAAACAUUUAAAAUACACAUAUAACAGAAACUAAUUAACUUAUUGGUUAGCUGUACAACAAAUUUACAGGACACCCAGGCAGCUAAUUGUCAAAAUAAUGUAAACAAAUAUCACAGAAAAUAUAUUUUCAUUGUUCAUUC